CCAACGUGACGCCGGAUAGAAAUCGCCGCCGCGAAACAGAAAGUUGUGCACUCGCCCCGACCGAUGCAGCUGAGCCGCCGCCACUCCUGAAUCCGCGCUCCCGCGCGCGCCCCACCUGUCUUCUCCGUGCGCUCAUCCAUCCGUCGACGCCGCUUGCUCCGCGUGCUCCGACACGCGAGAGCAUCACCGUCCAUCGACGCAGCAGCGUCUUAACGCUGCAAGGCGUGACUGAGCCUGUGGGACGUCCCGUUCUUUACGACGCCGUUAUCAUCGGCGCGCUUCGGUCGUCCUCUCUUUGCUCGUGCGCGUGCGUGCGUGUGUGUGCCUACGUCGACGAACUGAGGAUUAACUUCGGUGUGGUGGGACGUCAGUGGCCGUGUUCCUCUUGCAGUGUCGAGAGUGUCGUCUCUGACGCGGUCUCUCCCUCCCCGAAAGGCGUCAAUCCUUUUUCCUCACCGCCGUCGUUGACGGCGACUUGUUUGUCUUGGUGCGCGACAACGCUGUGAAAAAAAGAUGUCCGGUUCCGCGUCCGGAGUGGCGACGAUGUCGCUCGCCGGCUGCGCCUUGGCGCUCUGCUGUCUCCUGAGCUAUUCGGAAGCCGGUCGCCACCGUAUUCCCGUAGAGCCUGCACAGUUUGGCAAUGACACAGCCACCAAGUCGGCGUUCCUGUUCAACCCCAGAAGGAGGAGUGACAAGUUCCCCAUUAUGCGGCCCAGGCUGAGGACUACGACGAGACGCCCACCGCCCGAACCAACCACGCCCCGUCAAGAGAACUUGCAGGUGAAGCGCCAGGCGGUGCUCGAGUCGGUGCUCAAACAGGCUGACAUCUUCGAGCUGUCGUCGUCGGACUUCAGCCCGGCGGUGGCGUGGCCCGUGCCCCGUCGGCCGGCGUCCCGCCGGUUCCGGCCCAACGCCGUCACGCAGCCUUCGACGGCGCGGCCGCUGCUCAAGCUGCGACAGCCCAAGCCCACGAGGCCCCCCGCGUACUCGCUGGACGGCUUCGUGCCCAAGCCGUCCAUCAUCCGCAUCACCACCACCGAGGCUCCGCUGCACAUACGCAAGAUGUACGCGUCGCCCAAGACCGAGGCGCCCCCGUUCCGCAAGAACGCGCCGCGCUUCGGAGCCAAGAAGUUCAAGGCAAAGCCGCUGACGAACGACUACGACGACGAUGGUCACUUCCGGAAAGGCCGCAAGCACCAGGACUCCGGGGGCCGCAAGAGCGUGCAGCGCAUCAUGGGUAGCCGGGGGCCUCGUAAGGGCAUCCCGGGGAUCGAUUACCCCAACUUCCACCGCAUCCCGACCACGGGUUUCGACUGCAAUGACAAGCUGUUCCCCGGCAUGUACGCCGACACCGAGGCCGGUUGCCAGGUGUGGCACAUGUGCACCGGAGUUCCUAACCUGGGAGCGAGACACAGCUUCCUCUGUCCCAACGGCACCAUCUUCAACGAGCGGAGGGGUGUCUGCGAUUGGUGGUACAACGUUGAAUGCAGUGAAUUCGCCCUCUGAGCUCAAGCAGUUCUCCUCAAAGCGUCUACGGAUCCGCUCGCCCGGGCCGGACGCGUACAUCGGCGUGUGUUCACGCCACGUGUUCGUAACAGCGCGAUCUGCUCGGGACACUUGCGCACAACGAUACCCUGCCGCGACGCUGAUGUCUGACAGUGCAAGCGCGUUAAAUGCCCCACGUUAUGUCAUCAUGGCCGCGUCAAUUUCAAAAUUAAAAACAACACGUUAUCGCCCAUUAUCAGUUCAGCUGAUUAAGGCAGCAUCGAAACAUGCGCAGAAUGCAGUAUGCUGUUCGAAGGCUCGUAUGGUUAGGUUCUUGGCUGACCAGGUGGCGGAUGCCAGCUAAGUAUAGUGUGUCCUAACUUGAGAGUUUCGUUUUGCUUAAGCUCUUGCCGGGACUGGAGGUUUUCAGCCAGUUUUGAUCGCCGCGACGCACAAAUCGUGAUGUUCUAUUGCAAAAGUCAUCUGCCAAACAGUUUCAUGCUGAAAACCUGCUUAGUUUCUGGCCGUUAGAGCAGCAACACGAGCCAACGAAUCGCAUAUGUUAAGUGGCAGCCACAUAGAGCGUAUUCCCAGCGUAUUUUCGACAUCUCGAAGCCCGGCAUCGACGCGUUCAUUUCGAGCUUCGCGAUAACCCCGCUGUAAUUUCGGUCAAAAGGCUUCCUACUUCGUUGUCGGUUAAUGCGGACACCAGAUGUGAUGCGUGACCAUAAAAGGCGUGUGUAUCACAUGCCGUGAAAUCACUUCGACUACGCCGGGCAACGUGAGGCCAAAAAUGCGCGGAAAAAAGACGUUCUCUGAGGUGAUCUGCUCUUACCACUGCUAGUGCCCAUAGCGUUCGUUAAGCCAUUAACGCAUAUAAACGAAGUGACCAGGCUAUUGGCUUCACGGUUUCUAUGUUACGUAUGUACAAAAGGCUAUCUAGCAGCGACUAUUAGUGAUCGUUACUACUGAAAACUUUAUGAAUAGAUGAUAAAAAGUAGUAAGCGCGACAUCUGAGUUAAGCGAUUGUGCCUAGUUUUCCCGAGGCGCUUAUGUAGCACGACUGUCACGAGCAUUGUCAUCGAAGGAAUGAAUCGGCUACAACUUGAUGAUCAGCGGCGCCUGAUCACCCCUGACCUCAAGGUAGUAGCCGAUUUAGAGAUUGUUGGAGCGAGUACCUGCAACCACAUUGUGGCCUGUUCUCACGUUGUGUUAUGUUGUGAGCGUCUUCUUCUGCCAAGUAGCUCUCGUGAUCAUGCGUCGUAUUAAGCCAGUUAUCCAGCAAUGUGUCGCCAAUGUCCUCGUUCGAAGAAUACAUCCAGCGCGUGUGGUAGCCAAGCCUUCACCAACACCACAAAGUACGCGGCAUUCAGGAUCAUGAUUAGUCUACUGUCUGAUUAUGUUAUCUGAGCCAUGAUUGGAGAGAUGUCCUUAGUGGAGUGUACGUAUCUGCUUUCAUUCACAGUGAACAUUGUCAGCUUCAGAGGUCGCGGAGAAAGGCUGUACAAGUCCCGCAAUGCGCCAGCAUGGGCAGUCAAACGGCUGCGCUAUGCUUGCAGUCCAAAGUAAGAUGUUGGUAGUAUACGCGUAUUUACGGCUCAUGGGAUAAAAUGAACUGGUAUUGUCCGCAGUGGUAGUUAGUCGUCCCGAAGUUUGUCUCUUCCUACAUUGGAUGCCACUGGUCAAAGAUAACUUGGGCAAGAUAAGUUCGGCAAAGUUGCGAACAAGAUAAUUUGAGCAAUAAGUAUGACCGCCUCACCUUUGGUCUGCGUGUCAGUGAGCAGUUCCCCUUCAGCCUCACCAAAACUGUGCUGAAGUGAUUUGUGACGACGUAUCCCCGAUGCUUACCCGCGAUAAGUGAUUCGUGACGUCAUAAUUUGCAGCCUCUCUGAAGUGAUAUCUACUGUCGCCAAACGACAAAAGCAGAAAUGUGAGUGUGGUGUAACAGAUGUGACGCGUGUUUCGCAGCUUCUCAAGAGCUCGUGCGAUUGGUCGCUCAUGGUAUAUGCAGGGACGUUAAAGGAUAGUUAAGUACAGCAUUUGCGCAAGGAGCAUUUAUGAUUACACGGCUAGACGCACAGUAUAACGAGGGCUUGAAUUUUGUGCCUUUCUUUUGUGUCAACGUGCCACGGAAGCUGCGACAAGUCAGUGAGCCAAAACUCCCCGCUCUCUGACGAACGCGUUAUGACGUCAGCAGAAGCGUCAACGUCGCGCCGUAAAUCGUGCAUCGAUGUGCGUACUGGUGUUUCGAAUACGACAUAUAGCAUCAUCUUAAGAAGUGGUUCCUCAGCAAAAAAAAAAAAAAGAAAAUAAUAAUAAUUCUGUGCAGUGGACACAGAGAUCGACAGAACGCGGGAGAGCCAGUAUUGUCGUCACGACUGACGUCACGACAGACUGUUAGCGUGACAACCAUACACGGGAACGUUGAACUCAGGAUUUACUUCUGCUUGUGUGCCUGUUCUAAGCGUCUGAUGUGCUUGAGAAUUCCUUCUUCCACCACUUUCAGAAGAAAGAAACUUCAAACUUUCUUAUCUGUUCUGCGCACGACAUGCUCAAGACCCGGGAAUUAGCGCUGUCGCUCAGUCGUCUGAUAAGGAAGAACGGGAAGACAGGGCAUCUUCGCUCGUAUUCCGUUUGACGAGACGCAGUCUUUAGUUGUGCUUGAGAUCCUGUCGGGUACGACCGAACAAACGUCUCUGUUGAGUUUGCAUCGCCAACUUCCGUCAAUUCGUAUCUUCGACAUUUUCCACUCUUCGAAAUCUCGGUGUCUAUUUUUUUUCUUGUUCUUUCUCUGUAGUGCGUUGAUAUAUUUAUUUUUACAAUAUUGUUACAAUUUCUUGCGCGUUGGUGUUGAACGAAAAGAGCGUAUACAUUAUUUUUAUUUACGUGGUGGCAACGCAACUUGAGGACUUCCUAUAGCAAGGGCCCAUGUUAGCACUUAACAUGUCUAGAUGCACCUUUCUAUUAACAACGGGUAAAACCUAAGUCCUGGAGCUAUCACUUACUUCCUUACGCCAAGCUCAAACGUUCUUAUCGCUUCACAACUUACGCUUCUUCGACUAAGCUAAGAGCUGACACUGUUGCUUCUUAUCAAUCUUUGAUAUUUAUUGAAUGGUCUUUCUUCCAUGUCUCGUCUAUACGUUGUCCCGUGAGCUCUGGGUCAGCGCUAUCUUUUCUGCACUUCUGCGUGCGCUUACUAGGUAAUAUUUGUUCUACCCUUACUCCCUUUUACUUCUUUUCAUUUUUUGCACAACAUGGAUGGCCUAUAUUGUGGUCACAGGCCUACCGCAGUUCAACUAUUCACCUCCAAAUGCCCGCUUUGGUUGCUGGGUCGACGAGAACCUUAUUAUGGGUUGUUUGUUUCCUCAUACUGUUAUAGCCAUGAAACUCCGCAUUCACACACUCGCAUCGUGCACACGGUAUUUUAGACAUCCACUGCUGUCGCGGUAACCUUUAUCAAAGGUGUGCAUUUUCGUGUAUUCGUGCACCUGGAAACCAGAAAUUACUUUCUGCAACUGGAUCCUUUAGUGGAUGCAAUGAUUAAAUUCGCCAAAAAAACAACCGAAAUAUCAAUAUAAAUUUGCCGUGAGUUCGAUUUAGAAGUUACAGCACGAGUGUGUGAAAACUGCCUCCUUUUGUAUAAAAGUUACCACGACAAAAGCGUAUGCUCGCCAAGUCAUUGCUUUGUCCCAGUAUUUGAACACUCGUUUCGUACAUUCCGCCAAUGCUUUAUUUGAAAGCGCGAGCAAAUGAUUUCCACGACUACUGCUUUGAGAGCCUAAAUCUUACCCCUAUCGUUUUCACAUCAACCAUUCUUUUUUCCUCCAGGAAAAAUUAGGAGCACAGUACACUUUGAAUUGACAUUCGUUUAGAAGCUACCACGCAUCUCUAAACCGCUUACGUCGUUUUCGUUUGCUUUUGCCUUUAGGAAUCUAGAGAUUAUCAGGGUCCAUCAAUGGCUUCUAGCAACAGUUAAUUCAUCUUGCCAAUGCAACAUCGUGGUCGGGCUUAAAGCAGAUGUAACCGAUUACUUCGUUGCAGCUAAUCUUCACCGCAGGUUGUCAUCCAUCAAAGCUUCGAAUUUUUU